AACGAUCUUCUCCCCAUAAAUUUUUUGCUUGCAACAGGUACUGAUAUGGCAGGAGAAGUUUUAGAGGUUGGAUCAGGAGUACAGAAUUUUAGAACUGGCGAUAAAGUUGUUGCAAUGCUUAGCCCAGUGAGGCAACUCGCUGAGUUUGCAGUGGCUAAGGAGAGCUUGACAGUUGCAAGGCCACCUGAAGUUUCAGCAGCUGAAGGGGCAGGCUUACCAGUUGCUGGUCUUACAGCCCACCAGGCUCUCACUCAGUCUGCUGGGAUUAAGCUUGAUGGGAGCGGCAAGCAGGCAAACGUUCUGAUAACUGCUGCCUCAGGUGGUGUGGGUCACUAUGCAGUUCAGCUAGCAAAGCUUGGAAACACGCAUGUGACAGCCACUUGCGGAGCCCGUAACAUUGAAUUUGUAAAGAGUUUGGGGGCUGAUGAGGUUCUUGAUUACAAGACUCUAGAAGGGGCAGCUCUGAAGAGCCCAUCUGGACGGAAGUAUGAUGCAGUUAUCCAUUGUGCCACUGGGAUUCCAUGGAGUACUUUUGAGCCUAAUUUGAGUGAAAAUGGGAAGGUUAUAGAUAUCACUUCUGGCGUUAAUGCCAUUCUGACUGGUACUCUAAAGAAACUUACCUUCUCCAAGAAGCAGCUGGUGCGUCUGCUUUUGAUUCCCAAGGCUGAGAACCUGGAUUAUCUUGUUAAACAGGUGAAGGAAGGGAAGCUUAAGACGGUUAUUGACUCAAAGCACCGCUUGAGCAAGGCUGAAGAUGCUUGGGCUAAGAGUAUUAGUGGCCAUGCUACUGGGAAGGUCAUUGUGGAGCCUUAGUUGGAUAUAAUGCCCUUGAAUUGUUAAAAUUUUAUUCAUGUAGAUUCAAAGACAUGGACUGUCCAGUAGAAGAAGCAUAUGUUCAGCGGUAUAUGUUUGUAUCUUGCUUUGUAUUUUUCUCUUCAUGUUUGUAAAUGAUGAUUGGAUUUCGGUUUCGUCUUGUCACCAUGAUUAUGUAUUUCUUGUUUUCAUGGCUUUGACACUUCAAACGACAUACUAUUUGAAGGCAUUCAUAGUCAUGGUUGUGAACCCGUGAAUCUUGUGCGAAGGUGACAAACCCCAAGUAUCAUUUUUUGUGAAAGAGAAAGUGUCAUAAUUCAAUUAUGAUUAUCGGGUUAAUUUUCUCUCUCUAGUUUUAGAGAGAAAUUUUCUCUCAAUUUUUGGUC